GGCAGACCAGGACCAUGCCCGAGCUGCCUGAGAUCGCGCGGUAUGCACGGAACAUCUCUGCCCUCCCGGCAACAACACGGUUUACCCGUGUGGUCUCUGUAGCCGGUGGCAAGGUGCCUCCGGCCAACCUUCCAUUCACCGCCUUUUCGCUCUCAGCCCGUGCCCGUGGAAAAGAGCUGCGACUUGAGCUGCGCCCAGCGACCGCCGCGUCGACAGCCACCGGCAGCAGCAGCCAUGCCUCGGCCUGUGCUCUGGGUAGCUUUGCUCUGGCUCCUCCUGUUGCUCGCCAGGACCAAGCUCCAGUUAUCUGGCGCUGCAAUCAUGGGCUGGUCGGCAAGUGGCUCGUCGUCCGCCAUGGUCCAGCUGAUCGAGCUGGUGCAGGGCUUGGUGCGCAUGAUGGCGGUGGCGGUGGCGAGGCUGGCGCUCCACAGGGAACCCGGCUCAUGAUUCUGGGCGAGUCCGCGUCGGUCUACUACGUCGAUACCCUCAACAUGGGCCGCAUCGUGGAAGAUGGCUGGUCGAGCGGCCGCUCGCCGUGUCCGUACGGCGAGGCCGAGGCGUGGGAGGCGCACGUGGCGGCAGCACUAGCCAAGACCAAGCGCCCGGCAGUGUUUGCCAAGCCGCUCGCGGACGCCCUGCUCGAUCAAAAGUACUUUAACGGCGUGGGCAACUACCUCCGCGCCGAGCUGAUGUACCGGCUGCAGCUCGAUCCGCACAUCCCGCUGGUCGACGCGCUUAGCGGCACGGGCGCGCUAGCUGUGCUCGGCCGCGAGCUCCGGGCCAUAGUCGCCGAGGUCCUUGACUCUAUCCCGCCACUCGACAAAUACGGCAGCGAUGAGGACAAAGCCCGGUUUGAGGCCUGGCUCCAAAUCUACAACAAGGGCGAGUUCUACAAGGACGGCAAGGGCCGCAAGGUCUGGUGGGCGCCGGCGGUCCAGACCCGGACGUCGCUCUCGGAUGCGCCGGGUGCGGUUAGCGGCUCGCCGCCCCCGCCUGGCCAGCCGCUCCGCCUCUCCUUCAUUCCGCCGAUGGAGUCGUCGUGGGCCGAGGCGCUACGCGAGGUCCUGCAGUCCGGGACCAUCCGCGAGCUCGAAAGCUUUCUUGCCAGCGAGGUCUCUGCCGGCAAGCAGGUCUUUCCGCCGCGCGAGGAGGUCUUCUCGGCCUUUUACGCCACGCCGCUGCAUGCGGUUCGGGUCGUCAUCCUCGGGCAAGACCCGUACCACGACGACGGGCAGGCGCACGGCAUGUCGUUCUCGGUCAAGCCGGGCAUCAAUGUCCCGCCGUCGCUAGCCAACAUUUACCGCGAGCUGGCCGACGACAUUGACGGCUUUGUUGCCCAGACCACGGGCCGCGGGUGGGAGGCCCUGACCCAUGCCGCUAUCGCCGCCGUCGCUGCCCGCCUCCCGCACGCCGUUUUUCUUGCAUGGGGCUCAUUUGCGCAAAAGGCGCUCCGCAAGGUCGACACCGCCCGCCAUGCAGUCAUCGCCACGCCGCACCCGUCGCCGCUCUCGGCCUCGCGCGGUUUCUUUGGCUCGCGCUGUUUCUCGGCCGCCAACGCUGCUCUGGUCGGCUUUGGUCUGUCACCAGUCGACUGGCGACUGCCGACAGUCCCGACACUGACUGUGCCUGCUGCCGCGCUGCCUGCGCCUGCCGCCUCGGUCGACAACGAGCUGGCUGCCGCCCUCGCCGCGCUCACCAUCGACGACGCCGCCUACGAGCCAGUCUACACAUUUGAGCGCGCCAUCGGGCUGGACAUGCUCCUCGACGCUGCGAUUGUGGUCGAAGCCGAGGCCGACGCCAAAUCCGACGCCGCGCCUGCCGCCCAAGCCGCCACCGGUGCCGGCGCUCGCGCCUCGGUGCCGAGCCUCAAGUUUGCGUCGACGUCGACCAUCCCGUCGGCGUUUGCCACCAAGACCUCGCUGGCGUACUCGAGCUUUGCCGUCACCUCACCGACGUUCAAGAGCGCGGCCGAGCGUGCCGACGAACUGCGGCGCAAGUACGCGGCGAUGGCCAAGGCGCGGACAUCGCCGCGGAUCUCGCCGCGGGCGUCGUCGCCGUCGGCGCUCUCGCCGCAGCUGGCGCCCGCACCAGGCCCGGUUGUCGGCACUGGCUUUGUCGUCAAGCACCAGCCCAGGUCCCUCUCGCCGGUCGGCGGCCCGGCGUCGACCUCACCGCGCGCGCUCUCACCACAAGCCUCGACGCAGCUCAUCUCGCCAGCGUCAGCCUCAAUCUCGCCGCUCGCCAUGAGUACCGGCCGCCCCGCGUUUGCCGCGCCGGGCGCAUCGACCAUUGCCUCAGCUUCGAACCCCAUCGCCGAGUACCGCGCCGCAUCGGAGGCCAAGUUCUCCCAGCUCCGCUCCAAGUACGUCUCCUCGGACGUGCAGAAGCGUGUCCGCGCCGUUUCGCCGCCCGGACGGACCGGCGCCGGCCCGCGAUCGCGGUCGUCGUCGCCGCAGUCGCGUUGA